AAUAAACCUUUUCCAAUUCACAAACGUAAUAAUUAAAUUCAAGAUUAUAAAUACAAGAUUUAUUAUAUAUACAACAUUUUUGAGAGAUCAUCAAGCUAUAAUAGCUAGGUAUUAUGUAUCAUUUCUUCCCAAGAAUCUCUCCAACUCAAGUUUCUUUGAUAGAAUAUAAGAAUCUUAUUAUAUAAUAUUUCUCCUCUUCCUUUAUAUUCCAUUAAUAUUUUAUUUUUUUUGUUGAACUCUUUUUAGUCUUCAUUGAUCUUAUAGUUAUAAUUUCUCUCUUUCUUUUUCUUCAAAACCAAAAUUAAUCAUGAAAAAUCAAAACCAAGAACAACAAAAACCUCUUUUUCUACCACUACCAAACAAAUUAGUACACAAUUUCAUGAACAUCAUUCCAUACAUUCUUAUUUUUGGUUGUGGCAUAAUUAUUGGUACGUCUUUUUCUCCUAGUAACAUAUUUCCGGUAGAUAUUGGUAAUCUUUUUGUCACCGUUAAAGUCUUUAACACCACAAGGGAUUCUUUACUACCACGGCCACCACCACCGCCCCCGGGAUUAGAAGUAGAGCGAGGCAGCCCACCCCCACCAUCAUCGCCGCCACUCACAUUGCCACACCAUCACAUGGAGGAUGAAGAGUUGUUAUGGAAGGCUUCAAUUGUGCCCAAAAUUAAAGACAAGAAAUUAAUGCAAAGAAUAAUUCCGCAACCAAAAAUUGCAUUUUUGUUUUUAGUACGUGGCGCUUUGCCAUUGGCUCCUCUUUGGGAUAAGUUCUUUCUUGGGUAUGAAGGUUUGUACUCCAUCUACGUGCAUGCUAAUCCUGUGUAUAAUCAGAGUUAUUCAAAGGAAUCUGUGUUUUUUGGCCGAAGAAUUCCUAGCAAGGAAGUGCAAUGGGGCAAAUUCAACAUGGUUGAAGCUGAACGUCGUCUACUAGCCAAUGCCCUCCUUGACCACUCGAACCAACGGUUCGUUCUCCUGUCGGAAUCAUGCAUCCCAUUGUACAACUUUUCCACAGUAUACACCUACCUUAUAAAUUCCCAAAAGAGCUACAUUGAGGUUUAUGACAAAAAAGGCGGUACAGGCCAAGGCCGUUACAGCCUCCGCAUGUACCCUCACAUUCGACUAUCCCAAUGGCGAAAAGGGUCUCAAUGGUUCGAGAUGAGUCGUGAGCUAGCCCUUGAGGUGAUAUCAGACCGAAAAUACUACCCCGUCUUUGCAAAGUACUGCAAGAACUCGUGUUAUGGGGACGAACACUAUAUACCUACUUAUGUACACAUCAAAUUUGGGAAGGAAAAUACAAAUAGGACAGUUACUUGGGUUGAUUGGUCUAUUAAUGGACCUCACCCUGGUCAAUUUCAGAGGCCUAGUGUUACACCUGAGUUAUUGGAGAAGUCAAGGACUAAAUAUACUUGCGAAUAUAAUGGGAAGAAGACUAAUGUUUGCUUUUUAUUUGCUAGGAAGUUCAUGCCAAGCACCUUGAAUAGAUUGUUGAUGUUUGCUCCUAAAGUUAUGAAAUUCGGUUGAAUCUUUGGUUCAUACGAAGUAUAUUGAUGUAAUAACUAUAAAGAUAUUGUGUUUUGAAGAUGAGGAGAGUUGAGAAUUUUUUUUAUUGAGCCAUGAUUGUAUACGGUUAUGUAAUGCUCAAUACAUUCUUUAUAAAUGAAACCUAAUAAAAAAUAUUGUUGUUAUGCUGAGAAUUUUUGUAUAUCGGAUGGUACUCCUUCUGUCCCUAUAUAGUUGUCAUGCUUUUUUUUUUUUUAAGGUAAAAUAAAAGGCCCUAUCGGGUCAGAACCCUUCACGGAUCAACCCGGCAUGAGUUAGCGAGCUAGACAAUUUGGGAGAUGGGGGGAAGGUAACAUAAGGGAAUCCCACCCCCCGAAUUGUCACUAGUGGGGAUUGAACCAAGGUGCUCUCCUUUCCACUAGACCAAGCUAAGCUUGGUUAAAUAGUAGUCAUGCUUGCAGUAAAUAAAUGUUUAAUACACACAAAACGUAGAUGUUUGAACCCUUCAUACCUGCCUACCUGGCUUAGAAAGUUGUUCCAGUAGAGAAGUAUGGGCUUUUGCAACAAACCAAGAUGUUCUUAAGCCUCCGGAACAGAAACUAAUUAGAAAACAUCUGUCCCAAAUGCUAAUAUGGCAAUUGAAGCUGUAGAGAUAUAUGCUCAAUUGCUCACCAAUUAACCAGGCAGCCGCAGGUAGUAGGCGACUGACAAUGGCUGCAACACAAGAGCGCUAACGCAGGGGUAGCUAAUGAGAGUAU